AUGUCGUGGCAAGCGUAUACAGACAAUUUGAUCUCCACGGGAAGACUCGAUAAAGCCGCAUUGUACUCCAAGGCAGGCGACUCGCUUUGGGCACAAUCGGGCUCCUUCCAGUUGGAGCCACAAGAAAUCUCGGGAAUCGCCCAGGGCUUUGACGAUGCUUCCAAUUUGCAAAGCCAUGGGUUGCAUGCUCAGGGCCAGAAGUACUUUUUGUUGAGAAAUGACGAUAGGUCUAUCUAUGGCAAGCACGAAGCUGAAGGUUUGAUCUGCGUUAGAACGAAGCAAGCAAUCUUGAUUGGGCACUACCCUGGCGGCAUCCAGCCUGGAGACGCUACUACUAUCGUUGAAAAAUUGGCUGAUUACUUGAUUAGCGUGGGGUACUAA